AUGAGGCAGGAGAACCAGAGCAGCGUGUCCGAGUUCCUCCUUCUGGGGCUCCCCAUCCGUCCCGAGCAGCGGGGUGUCUUCUUCGCCCUGUUCCUGGCCAUGUACCUGACCACGGUGCUGGGGAACCUGCUCAUCAUCCUGCUCAUCAGGCUGGACUCGCGCCUCCACACCCCCAUGUACUUCUUCCUCAGCCACUUGGCCUUUGCUGACGUCUCCUUCUCAUCUGUCACUGUCCCGAAGAUGCUGUGGAACAUGCAGACGAAUCACAAGUCCAUCCCCUAUGCAGGGUGCAUUUCACAGAUGUACUUUUUCAUAUUGCUUGUUUGUCUUGACAAUUUCCUUCUGGCAGUGAUGGCCUAUGACAGGUACGUGGCCAUCUGUCAGCCCCUGCACUACACCACCAUCAUGAGGCCAGAGCUCUGUGUCUCCUUAGUCGCUGGGUCCUGGUUGUUCUGUUCCCUCCACUCUCUGUUGCACACCCUGCUCCUGGCCCGACUGUCUUUCUGUGGUGAUAAUACCAUCCCCCACUUAUUCUGUGACCUCACCACACUCCUGAAUUUGAGCUGCUCAGACAUCUCCCUCAAUGAGUUGGUCAUCUUCGUUGAGGGAGGAAUUCUUGUCAUCCUGCCUUUGAGUGGUAUCUUGGGCUCCUAUAUCCGGAUUUGGACCACCGUCCUGAGAGACCCCUCUGCUAAGAAAUUUUUCAAAGUCCUAUCUACCUGUGGCUCCCACCUCCUUGUUGUGGCUUUAUACUAUGGGACUAUUGCAGAAGUUUACUUUUUCUCCUCAUCAUCAACGUCCAAUAAUAAAAAAAUAAUUGCCUCUGUGAUGUACAUGGUCGUCACCCCCAUGCUGAACCCCUUCAUCUACAGCCUGAGAAACAGAGACAUGAAACGUGCCCUGGAAACCCUUGUGAACCGGGCUAAGUUCCUUAUGUCAAAAGAUUCAAUCUGA